AUGGCCACCGCCGAAAAGACCCAAGAACAGCAGAAGCAAUUCCACGUCCCUGACGACGCAGAGUACUCGUCCGGCGAUGAGGACUACGAUAGUGCCGACGACUACGACGAGGAAGAGGAAGUGCCGCAGAAGAACAACCGCCAGCGGCGACGCCGGCCAUUGCAGAAGGCCCCCAAGGACGAAGAAGUCUACUCCGAUGAUGACUAUGCCUCGGACGAAUACGACGACGAUGAUUAUUACUCGGAUGAAGAUGAUGAUAUGGUGCAGGGCAAGGCCAUGCAGCCCUACAGCCAACAGGGCAAUAUGGAUAUGAGCCAGCCCACCGGUGGAAUGAAUUUCGCGCCGAGACCGGAGCAGAAGAGUAUCCUCGACGAGGAGGGCAUGAAGUUGAAGCUGGAGCUGAAUCUCGAGAUUGAGAUCGAGCUCAAGGCUCGCAUUCAUGGCGAUUUGACCAUAGCACUCAUGUAA